AUGUCAACCACAACUGCCGUUCAGCUCGAACCGUUAGGUAACGGGACAUCCUACGAACCUUCUUCCUCCAACCUUCGUCCAAGAGGAGCGCUCGCCGAAACGACAUCAAGUCACCACAACGAUUCCGAUGAUCCAGCUCUUGAAGCAUCGCGCAUCGCAGAUAGCACAGUCCCAGACGGAGGCUACGGAUGGGUCGUGGUUGUCGCCUGCGCAGUGGUAGCAUGGUGGGUGAUUGGGUUAAGCUACACUUGGGGUGUGUAUCAACGCGCCCUCGUUGAGCGAGGUGUUGGGUCGCCUCUCGCUUUAUCAUUCUGCGGCUCUCUCUCCCCAGCUCUUAUGGCCGCGGUUGGCAUGCUGGUGUCAAGGAUGAUCCGGUCUUUCGGAACUCGAACACUUAGCUGUACCGGUAUAGUCCUUAUGAGCCUCUCAUUUGUCCUUGCAAGUUUCGUAACGGAUCAUCUUGUUGGCCUCAUAUUUCUUCCUGGUGUGCCACUAGGACUGGGUAUGAGCGGUUGCUUUAUGUCAUUCUCUGUGGUGCCAGCGCAGUACUUUAUGAAACGACGCGGUAUCGCUAACGGUAUCAUCUAUGCUGGAGGAGGCUUCGGUGGUGCCAUCAUGAGUAUUGCAAUUGAUUCUUUGAUCGAAAAGUACAGCGUCGAGUGGGCUUUCCGGAUUACAGGGCUACUCAUUGCUGUUACGGGCCUUCCAGCUGCAUAUCUCAUAAAGGAAAGAACACCUCUCGCUCGAACAGGAAUUGUGGAUUGGAAUCUGUUCCGUCAGCUCAACUUUGCCAUCCUCUUCUUCGCUGCUGGAGUCGGUAUCUUUCCACUCCUGGUGCCACCUUAUUUUCUGCCUUUGUAUUCCAGUUCCAUGGGUCUCAGCACAAGUACUGGUGCUGGUCUUUUGGCAGGCUUCAGUUUCGCUUCAGCCGUGGGGCGUAUCAUCAGCGGCUACCUCUGCGACAUCCUGGGUCCGAUCAACACCCUCUGGGCUUUCUUCUUGGGUAACUCUAUCACAAUGCUUGCUCUUUGGCCGGCAUCGACGUCACUCGCGCCCCUGGCUGUCUUUGCCGUGCUCAACGGACUCAUGAACGGUGGUUUCUUCUCGUCUAUGCCUACAGUUGUUAGCAACGUCUUCGGGUCAGCACGUGUAUCUACAGCAAUGGCAAUGAUGAUCGUUGGCUGGAUAUUGGGAUACCUCCUUGGGUCACCCAUCGCAGGGUUUCUGCUUGAACGUCAUGGCGGUGCUGAUGGAGGAUUACAAGCGUACCGACCUGCUAUGUUUUACGCAGGUAGUCUUUCAUCGCUUGCAACCAUUCUAACAUCAUUCUUGCGAUGGAGAAUAAGCAAGAAGGUCUUUGAGAAGGUCUGA